AUGCCCGCUCCGGUGAUUUUGCUGGCUUGCGGUUGCUACAACCCAGUCACCUAUAUGCACCUUAGAAUGUUCGAAAUCGCCCGGGAUUAUUUGCACAAGAUGGGCCAAUAUGAAGUAGUGGGAGGUAUAAUUUCUCCUGUACACGACGCUUAUGGGAAAAAGGGGCUGGCGCCAGCGGCGCACCGUUUAGGGAUGCUCAAAUUAGCCCUAAAAGACAGCAAUUGGAUCAAAGUUUCCGAUUACGAGGCCAAAGAAGAGAGUUGGACAAGGACAAAAAAUGUUUUACAAUUUCAUCAAAACCAAGUUAACGCCUUUUUGCACUCAAAUGUCAACGAAGAAGAACUAAAAUGGCUGCCUGACAGUGUAAAAACGUCAAACUAUAACAACAUUGUUGUCAAGUUGCUUUGUGGAGGUGAUUUAUUGGAGUCUUUUGGCACCCCAAACUUGUGGGCAAAUGAAGAUAUUGAGGCAAUUGUAGGGCAACAUGGCUUAAUAGUAAUAACACGCAGCAAUACCAACCCUAAUGAGUUUGUUUAUAACUCAGACAUUUUAACCAAACUAAUGCCCCAAAUCCAAAUAGUAACAGAAUGGAUCAGUAACGAAAUAAGUUCAACGCGGAUCAGAACAGCUCUGAGACGCUCAGAAUCGGUCAAGUAUUUAAUCCCUGAUCAAGUGAUUGAUUAUAUUUACAAAAAUCAAUUGUAUGGGGCCAAAAAUAAAACAGCGUAA